GUUGUAGGGAAACAUUAGUCCUCUACCAACCAGCCAGCCGGGGGACGCCACAUCUCAACUUUUUUUUUUCCCUGUAUGUGGUGGGGGUUUCUGCACUUUGGAGGCGCCCCAGAGUGAGGAGAUUUAAAAGAAAAAAGUCUCUUGAUUCUUUUCUUUAUUUAUACUUUCUUGUUAUUAUUUUUUUUAAGUGUGAAACAUCGCAAGGGGGGAAGUAGACAUGCCUCAGCUCAGCAGCGGCGGCGGGGACGACCUGGGAGCGAAUGAUGAGAUGAUAGCGUUCAAAGACGAAGGAGAACAAGAGGAGAAAAUCCAAGAAAACGCGUUCACGGAGAGAGACCUAGCCGACCUCAAGUCCUCUCUGGUGAACGAGUCGGAAAUAAAUCAAAGUCCGAGCGCAGCGGCGGUCAGGCGGGGACAGCAGGGCGAGCAGCGGGGCUUCGCAGAGAAACACCGGGAGCAUCUCGACGGUGUGUCGAAGCAGCAAGAUGGAGGCAUGUACAAGACACCGACGUAUCCUGGGUAUCCGUUCCUGAUGCUGCCUGACCCUUACCUGCCCAACAGCUCAGUUUCUCCAUCUUCCAACAAAGUGUCGGUGGUACAGCAGUCUCACGGGAUGCACCACUUGACGUCCCUCCUGCCCUACAGCAACGACCACUUCAGCCCGAGUCCUCCACACCUGCCCACAGACAUGAGCCAGAAGACAGGCGUUCACAGGCACCAGUCCCAGGACCUCUCAGGGUACUACUCCCUCCCUCCAGGCGGUGUGGGCCAGAUCACUCCCUCCAUGGGCUGGCAGAGCCAGCCAGUCUAUCCUGCCCUGUCCCCCUGUGGAUUCAGGCAACCCUACUCCUCCAACCUCCCGAGCGCCUCCUCCUACUCCAGGUUCUCUCACUCUCUGAUGCUGGGCCCAUCAGGCAUGCAUCCUACAGGGAUCCCCCACCCAGCCAUAGUGCCCCCUACAGGCAAGCAAGAGCAUGAACAGUAUGACAGGGGCAUGUACGUGAAGCCGCAGGUGGAGCCCAAGCGGGAGAAGGAGCCCAAGAAGCCAGUCAUCAAGAAACCCCUGAACGCCUUCAUGCUCUACAUGAAGGAGAUGAGGGCGAAGGUCAUUGCCGAGUGCACGUUAAAGGAGAGCGCAGCCAUCAACCAGAUACUGGGGCGGAGGUGGCACGCACUGACCCGGGAGGAACAGGCCAAGUACUACGAGUUGGCCAGGAAGGAGAGACAACUCCACAUGCAGCUCUACCCGACCUGGUCUGCCAGGGACAACUACGAGGCGGGCCUUAGCGGGGUCGCAGGGGAAAAGAGUAAAGCUGAUUGGGGCAAGAAGAAGAGGAGAAAAAGGGAGAAGCAGCAGGACUCCAACACAGACCCGGGCUCUCCUAAGAAAUGCCGGGCUCGCUUCGGCCUCAACCAACAAACGGACUGGUGCGGUCCUUGCAGGAGGAAAAAGAAGUGCAUUCGCUACCUUCAAGGAGGAGGCUGCCCCAGCCCAACUUCUUCAGAUUUAAGUGCUAUAGACUCUCCCCCCUCCUCCUCCCCCGCCCGUCACCCUCUCUACCAGCAGCAGCGCCAGCGCCCCCCCUCCCCGGGCUGCUCCCCACCACCCACCUCCCCGUCGACACGCCUCCCCUUGUCUCCGCCGACGCACACACGCUCGCACACUCGCUUGCCCCUGGAGCAGUCCGCUGGCAAGCGCGGCGACCUCCGGCAGCCCGCGACCAAACACGCCCACACACACCUGGAACUGUCCGGCAAGCAGACGCACAGCUCGACGGCGGUGCUGUCCGCUGCCAAGGCCGCAGGACUUUCUCUUAAAGUGCUAACGGAGACUCAGUGAUCACUCCAGUCCGCUCACACCCCUGACCCUGCUUCCUCCAGAGCUCAGAGGCUGGCUUCUCCAAAGCCAAGUAGAUCAUUAACAGGUUAAUAAGACUUGGUCCUUCUCAAAGCCUCCUUCGCGUGCUCAGUUCUUUAAUCGUGCAUUCAGGAAAUCCGUGUCAACCCGAAAGACUGGAAAUGACAGAUAACCCCGUCAUAUUUACCAGAUACUGGGACAUAUACAGCAUGAUCUAAACCAGUGAAAAGCCACUGCAGCAGGUGAACUGUGUGGACACGUUUGUAAUCAGACGAGUGUCCCCGGUUCAUAUUUACCAUUAGAAGUAGCUGUUUAAGAUGCAAAAAGAAUCCAUUUAUUAGAUGUGCAAAAAGAGAUAUAUACACAACUGUUUACCAGUUGUCCAUCAUGUGUUCAUCACAGUUCAUGCUGUAAAAUUGGUUACCAUUAAUUUGGUUAUCCCAGCUUUGUAUUUUGUGGUUGUAUGAGAACAACUUCUCGGUAAUGAACUUGGAAAUUUAGUUGAUUUGGAAGUUGACCAAAAUCAACUGAAUGCACCAGAGUAUUUACCCAUGAGGCUAAACUGUGCCAUUUGGAAGAGAAGGCAAAGACUAAGUCUGGAGGGUCCAGCCCCUGAAUUGGCUGAAUUUGUGACUGAAACCCGGCCAGCUCCAGACCACACAGUUCCAGUUAUACGGAGGCAGACCUGCACUGAAGGCAUAAUUAAUCCGGAGCCUAAAACAAAGGUUCUUUGGCUCCAUCUGCUGCAGUUAAACAAUGCUAAAGUGAUUAGUUUUACCUUGAGGAUGGCUCUGCCUCUAAGAAACCAUUUUACAAAUAACUCAUUAGCCCCUUGGUGCUUUUUCGGUCUGUUUGUUGUUUUUGUUGUCUUGUCUUUUGUCCUGUUUGUUUUACAGCUGACCCUGUGCUUUGACCUCCAUGACAAUCAUCGUUUUGCAAAUGAGCUCUUAAUCCAAUGAACCACAUCAACACAGACCUUAAAAAUGCCAGAUCUACUGUGCGGAGAGAAGAUGUGCAGUAAGAGCUAAUUUCAACGGGAGGGGGUUGUUGCAGAAAACUCACAGUGUUGUUACAUACACGUUUUCCUCCACAUGCAGGGGUCCACAAUAACAAAGGAGAUGCCACCACCUCUUUCUCUUUUACAUAUCAUCACAACAGAUACCGCUUUGACAUAUUACCCAUCACUGUUACUGAGACCAAACCAAUAACCCAUGAGAGGGGAGCAGAGACCAACACCCAGCCAGCCUGACCAGCAGAACCUCAGCUUUGAAGAGGGACAGAUUUGCUUUUAUAGCAGCCGUUUUGUUACCAUCUGACUUCUGUUUCAUUACAUUUCCAAACAUUUUUAUAAAUAACUGUGCAGCUCCUUUGACAGAACUAAAUUGAUUUACAGCAACUAUAGAAAAAAAAAGAGUCUCA